UGUGCAGGGGAGGGGUGGGAGAGGGGCUGGGCAGGCAGUUCAUUCGGCUGUUGCUGGUCGCCUCGCUAAGGCGGAGAUUCCGUCUUCUCCGAGAGGCUGGCCCAGUCCUCCGCCUCGGCCAGAAUGGACUUCAGGGAAGUUCUCCUGAUAGCUUCCAAAGCACAAGGUGUCAACAACGUGCCGAAAAGAUACAGUUUGGCAGUGGGUCCUCCCAAAAAAGACCCCAAAGUUAAGGGUGUCCAGUCGGCAGCUGUCCAGGCUUUUCUCAGAAGAAAAGAAGAAGAGCUCAGACGAAAAGCUUUGGAAGAGAAAAGGAGAAAAGAAGAAUUAGUGAAAAAGCGAAUUGAGCUAAAACAUGACAAGAAAGCAAGAGCUAUGGCCAAGAGGACAAAGGAUAAUUUCCAUGGUUACAAUGGGAUUCCUGUUGAGGAGAAGUCAAAGAAGAGGCAGGCAAUGCAAACACACACUAGCCAGGGAACAGACCAAGAGUUUGAGAUGGAAGAAGAGGAUGAAUUCUUAGAAUACAAUCAAGCAGAGUCAGAGCAAGAGUAUGAGGAAGAGCAAGAACUUCCCAAAGCUGAAAGCAAGCCAAAGGUCCCCCUUAAAAGUGCCCCACCACUCAUGAACUUCAAUGAUCUACUCAGGCUGGCCGAGAAAAAGCAGUACGAACCGGUGGAGAUAAAGGUAGUGAAGAAGACAGAAGAGCGGCCUAUGACUGCAGAAGAACUUAGGGAGCGAGAAUUCCUUGAACAAAAGCGGAGGAAAAGGAAACCUGAGACAGAUGCAAGAUUACCACCAACCAGAAAAGUACCCUCUCAGAAAGAAAGUGUGGGCACAAAACUUAGCAAAGGUUCUGGAGACACGCAUCCUUCUUCCAAGGGUACUCCCCUUCCUUAUGCUGAGAAGAAAUCCAGACCCAGCACAGCUAAUGAGAAACACUUGCGUUUAUCCUCAUCCAAAUCCAUGCCAGGAGAAAGGACCAAAGUAGUAUCUGGCAGUUGCGCCCAACCCUUGCCUUGUGAGGGCCGUGACAGACCUGUUUUCAAUGGGGCUGGAAAGCCCCACUCCAGCACCUGUUCACCAAGUAUCCCAAAGACUUCUGCUAAAGGGACUCCAAAAUCUGCUACUGAGCACAAAGCCAAAAAAUCUCCUCAUCCUAGCCGUUCCAGGCCUGGACCCAUGGUCACCCCACACGAUAAGGCCAAGAGUCCAGGUGUCAGGCAGCCAGGCAGCAGCUCCAGCUCAGCCCCUGGGAGGCCUAGCACAGGGACUGCUCGGCCCACGGUUAGUUCUGGCCCCGUGCCCAGGCGCCAGAAUGGCAGCUCCAACUCAGGACCCGAGCGAUCAGUCAGUGGGACCAGGAAGCCAACCAGUGACUUAAAUCCCCCAGGACGGACAGUCAGUGGUACAAGUGGCCUUGGUCGACCUGCAGGCAGCUCAGGUUGCUCUGAGCGACCUACCAGUGGCUCCGGUGGUUCUGGGCGGCCUGUGGGUAGCUCUGGUGGCCUUGGGCGGCCUAUGGGCAGCUCUGGUGGCCCUGGGUGGCCUGUGGGCAGCUCUGGUGGCCUUGGGCGGCCUAUGGGCAGCUCUGGUGGCCCUGGGCGGCCUGUGGGUAGCUCUGGUGGCCUUGGGCGGCCUAUGGGCAGCUCUGGUGGCCCUGGGCGGCCUGUGAGCAGUCCACAUGACCUUCGACGACCAGUGAGUGGCUCAGGGGCCCCUAGGCGGUCAGUCAAUGGCCCUGGCCGAUCAGUAGUUCCAGCUGGACGAACUGUCAGCAGUUCAGGCCCUGGUAGACCAGUGAGCAGCUUUGCACCUGGGCGGACAGUUAGUACCUCAGGUCCCUCUCUGAAGCCCAAAUGCACUGUUGUCUCAGAAACGAUUUCUUCCAAGAAUAUAAUCAGCCGAUCCAGCAAUGGACAGAUGAAUGGAAUGAAGCCUUCCUUAUCUGGCUACAGAUCUGCCCAAGGUCCUCAAAGGCUUCCCUCCCCUGGUAGUUACAAAAGGCAGCGAGAAGAUGAAGAGGAGGAAGAUGAUGAUGAAUAUGACUCUGAAAUGGAAGAUUUUAUUGAAGAUGAAGGAGAACCUCAGGAAGAAAUAUCCAAGCACAUUCGAGAGAUCUUUGGCUAUGACCGAAAAAAAUACAAAGAUGAAAGCGAUUAUGCCUUACGUUACAUGGAGAGUAGUUGGAAAGAGCAGCAGAAGGAAGAAGCAAAGAGUUUAAGACUGGGUAUGCAAGAAGAUUUAGACGAAAUGAGACGUGAAGAAGAAGAAAUGAAACGUCGAAAGGCCAAGAAGCUGAAGAAGCGUUAGCUGCUGCUUUUAUUUAUUUUUGUGAAAUUCUGAAAACAGUCUCCUGCAAGGAAGUCCUGCCUUCAGACUGAAGAAGCCCCUUAUCAUUUUAGAAUUCUACUUGGGUACUCAAGGAGAAGGAAUGCAUACUGUCAUCUAUUUGCAGGCUGUCGUUAGAGCAUAAAGUAUCUUCAGAUACUUUCCAGGGUGAAAUCUGUAAUGCAGAUGACAUAACACCCAGUGAGUGCUCUUACGAAGCUAACUGUUCACAGGUGCCACCCUUGAUCCUGAUGAGCUAUGCACUCUCAUGUGGGGCCGCUCACAAGUCAGCCAAUCUUAUGUUAUUCCUUUGCUACUCUAAAAGGAAAAAAAAAGGAUUGCUCCUUUACUUCCGUAAUUCUGCUGAUGUGUGAGUACGGCACUGCCUGGCUCCCAAUCAAAUUUAUUUUGUCUUUUGAUGAGGAAACUGGCCCUUCCAUUAAUGCUGCCAGCAAUAAAGUGACCUGUCCUAACCUAUAUGUUUUGAUUGAGAACUUGAAAAUGUAGAGUAGCUGUUAUAAUUAUAUGGAUGUCAUUUAUGUGACUUUGAAGUAAAAAGUAGAAUAAAUUGUAUUCUGCAUUAUUCAUGGAUUGGAUGCUGAGCAUUCUUAUUCACUAAUUUAGGUGAUUAGGCAAUUAACAAAAAUUUUUCCAAGUUAAAAUACAAGUUAUGCCAUUUUAUAUAAGAAUAUUCUUUUCCAAGGUUUACUUUCAGAUUUACUGUUAUGUUGGCUUUAGUGUAAAAUAGACAAGGUCACUGUGCUGUUUGAUUUUUAUCUAAAAAUUUCAUUUUUAUAAUUGAAGAAAAAAUACUUAUUUUAUUCAAACAUUAGAUUUGGAAGAGUAAUAAUAGUUUAAAAAAUAAGGAAGUGACAUGUGAGGCUCCCCUCCUCCCCAUUCCGCUCCCCCAUUAUAGAGAUAUUUUGGAAUCCAAGGUGCCCUGGACCUUUUCAUGUUAAUGACUUUGUAUUUUUAUCUUAAAUUCUUUAGUGAUUAACGGUAAAAAACCAAAAACUAAAUUCAUGUGUAUCAAGACCACCACCUUCUCUCUUUGCCCAUAUCGCACUUUUAUUUCAAACUAUGCACUGUGAAGAGAUUUUUUUCCCAGGUGGAAAGGAUGUUCCCUGUUACUGGUAUUUACUAGGCUGUGGAACUUCUUCAUUCUCACCUUUCUUCAAGUCAUAUCUAUAGACUUGUUAUAUCUCUUAAGCCUCAAGUCCAAGCAAUUCCAAUCGGGCUGACCUAGGUUCUGGCUGGAGAGAAGCCAAGUCUCAAGGAAAGUCAGCAACAGAAAAUGAGGUAUGAUGAUGCCAGAGAGCAUUUGUCCUUGACUCUGAGGGUUGGGGACAGUGGGACAUAAGCUUGUAGAACAAUUCUGUAAUAAACAUUGUGGCUAUCUUAAGCCAUUGACUGGUGGGGAUUAGGAAGUAGGUGAGGUUAUCCUACAAGAAUCCUUACUCUUCAACAGGUCUAAAAGUUGUUUUUGUAUAUUCUUUUUUAUCCGUAAAGCUUUCUUUAUUCUCAAGUUUGGGUGUUAUAGAUUAUCACUAUUAGCCUUCCUUAAUGGGAUGACCCAUCCUUAAUGGGAAUACCAGUCCUUUUAAGACUUUUGACUCAUCUUGAAUUGAGUUUCAAACUUUAAAAAUGCAGGAACUUAUUUUUGAAGUUGAAUCCUAUGAAAGGUGUCUUCAUCACUAGGAAUAACACCCUUCUAAUGAUCACAUAGAACUGUUAAACACUGGUGGCAGAAAAGCCUAUUGACUGCCUCUCACCAAUCUCAAAUACCUUCAGUGAAAUUGAUUCAAGGGUAGUGUGAUAUUCCAUGUAAUAAAACAGGUUUGGAACAUGAUUUCCUUUGCUGUCACUUAAUGUGAUGUUUUUUUCCCCCUUCAAAAGUUUGCUUGAAUGUAUUUUUUUCACUAUUCAGACUCGUUGAAAUCUGCAGUUACAAUCAAGUGCUUGUCAUAGCUGAAAGAUUUCUGGUGGCUUAAAGCUUACUAGCACUUUACUCAAUGAUAUUGUGCAGUUAUUUGUACAGAAAGGCACCAUUGUGUUAGCUAAAAGUUCCAGAACUUGGUAGAAAAAGUCAGGUUGUGUCCUUAUGUGUCAUCACUUCUGGGUGCGUUUCUUCUUCUAUAAUACAGAUGUUGAUUUCAGUUUUCUUCAGCAUCAGCAUUAUAAAAGGGCACUCCUGUAGCUCAUUAAAAAAAAAAAAGGUUCUGAAUCUUUUAAUCUUGGCCUUGUUUCCAAAUCCUGUCUUCCAUUUUGUUCUGCAUCUCCUGACCACUCUUAGAAAAAGCUCACAAACCUUUGAAGAAACUGGAAUAGGCUGUUAUUUUAUCAAGUUUACAAAUUAAGUGCUUGAUUUUUAAUGUGUCCUCUACUGUUUUGAUUUUCAGAUUUUAUUAAUAUUUGAAGAUGUGCCUUUUAUUGGAUAAUGAUAAGUCACGAAUGUAGUAAUGUUAUUUCAGUAUUGUAAUAAUGUUACAUGAUCAUGGAUGCGGCAUUCUCAAACACGAUGUGAAGGGAAAGUAGUUUUCAUAAAACUCAUAUAGCUCUGAUUGCACAGUCCCACUUGCUUUAGGUAUUGCUAUGUCAAAGCAGGGGGGACUUUCUUUAAAGGCUACUUUCAGAACUUGUCUUUGUAUUUUCUCUAAACUGUAAAUGCAGUUACGUCCAUUUGGAGGCCAGGGUACCACAUGUCACAGGCAGCCUUACAUGUGUGCCGUGAGAAGGUUCAAAGACUGUUAACAAGAAAGUCUAUGGGAACUCGAAAUUUCAUUUUUUAAUGUAAUCCCCAAGAUCUUUUCCAAGAAAUAAAUUACUGUUUUGUAUUUUAUAACUUAAAAGCAGCUGUUAGUACAUUUCUGAGAUAUAGCAGGAGACCAAAACAUGUUUGGAAAGAGAAUAAAUAUAUGAAGAGAGACCGGUUGUUUUAUUUUCAAUGUGCUGAAUAUAUUAGACUACUAUUUAUUUUGUGAGUGGAUGUGAUGAAAUAAAUAUUCAGGCGUUUAGUGUAUGAUUAAGAGUGGAAUAUAGAUGUCUUUGGAGUUAUUAAAUCCAUGUCUUUUACAUAAUGGACAAAUCAAGUUUAAAGAAACAUUUACAUAGCAUAGCUUGUUUUCUGGUGCUGUUGACCUGCAAGAGAAUCUACUUUUGCAUAUACAGAUAAAAGUUUUGCAAUUUAUGUAUAAAAGACAUUGUAGGCAUUAAAAAUAUUUUAUUGAUAUUUUCA